UCAGUGGGGCUGCCUUAUUUAUCUCGCAACGCACCCUCGCCCGUCGGUUCCGACACGUGUCGCACUGUCCCGGCUCCCUCCGUCGCUAUUAUUACUCCCUACGAAGAGCUUAACGUUGUCCCAAAAAGAAAAUCGCGAGACAAAGACCGAGUGAACGUUUCAUCCUCUUCUUCUUCCUUUGUUGCUUGUAUACCUUGCGAAGGAAAAGGUAGAAAGGUAUCGCCUUUGUCCAUGUUUGAGGCUGAUACGAUGAUCGAGAUCAUGGGCGCGACCGAGUUGGGGUUGAAAGAGGAAAAGCUCGAGGACCUAGAGCUCGAUUUGGUUUUGUCGAUCGGAGGUUCGUAUGGGAAAUCGGAGAAAGCGAGAGAGCCCGUCAAAGGUCUCGCCUUUGAGAGCUCAUUGGGGUCGAACGGCGAGGACUCGGGAGGAGCUCGAAAGGAUCGGACUGUUUCUGCCGAAUUGACGGGAUCGGAUCUUGAGACGGGCGGGUCGGGGUCGGACCCGAAUAGAAAGCGGGCAAUGCAGGCUAUGAGGAGGUUCGAGGCGAAGAAGAAGAGAGAGGAGAAGCGGCGGAGGAACAACGCUGGAAGAUCCGACCCGGUUGGUGAACCCGCUCCGAAAAAGGUGGAGGAGGAGGGCGUGGAUGUGGAACCGGGCGCUGAGGGAGCGGCGGCCACUGCUCAUCCCGUGUGCCCGCCCUACCUGGUGGUGCCGGUGCAGUUCCCGUACGGUCCUUUCGUGAACGGGUACGGGUUCCCUUACUGGGUCCCGGGUCCGGGCAAGAGCGAUGGGGUUUGGGAGUUGGGGCAAAUUGCCUCGGACCAGAGUAGCAGCGGGAAGAAAACGGCGUCCUCGAAUGGGUCGCAAGUGUGCAGCUCUUCUGGUGUCUCCGAUUGCCAGCGUUGUUCUCCGCGCCAAGGUGGCACUGGCUGCGAUGCCAAAAACUGUUCCACUGCAAGCAGCAGAAAGAGACGGUUGCCCAAGCGGAACUCUCCCCGCCAUCCAUCAGAAUCUGCUGAAGUCACGGACGAGGCAAUGAACCUAUCCGAUGAGAAAGCUGAUUCCACAAGCCCUACCAGGUCAGCGGACCCAACUAAACCGAAAGAAGAUGCUGGUUCAGAAACCCAAGGCGUACCUCAAAAUCCCGAUGGAGAAUGCGUGGACCCAAGGUCUGCUUCGCCCAACGGAGGCAGCGGAAAGCCUCCGAGGCCUUCACAUCCUCUCCUUCAGAUGCCGCGCGUUUCGACAACAGGAAGCGGCCCGAACGGCAAGACAGUCAACGGGUUCCUGCACAGGUACACGAAGGCGGAGGUCAGCAUUGUUUGCACCUGCCAUGGAUUCUCUUUCUCGCCGGCCGAGUUCGUGGAGCAUGCUGGAGGCACCGAUGUAUCGCAUCCUCUCAGACACAUCACCAUGGUACCUUAGACACCUUUCUACGGAUAUGUUGGGGGUAACAUAAUGUUUAUGUUCAAACUGUAGGCUUUUUCACCCACUUUUACAUGUCCGUCUUCCUAGAAGCUGUAUAGGUUAGAUCUGCGACCGCGGGCAUUUUAAGAGUGGCAAAACCGAUGUAGAACUGAGCUCACGAGAAUGUGAGCGAUUCCGGGGAGGAUAUUGGUUUUGUAUUUGUUCAACCUUUUCUUGGACUUCACUUCGAGGAGGAUUUAGAAAUGGAAGUAAGUUGUGAAUAGCUUCCGUGCUCGCUCUGGAAGCAAUUGAAAAUGUAUGUUGCUGCAAUGUUUGGCCAA